ACCCGGAAGCGGGAGUUACGGCCGUUGCCUUCCUGGCUUGGGAGGAACGGAGUAGAAGUUGCGCUUUGGGCCCGUGCUCGGCUGAGGCUCCGCCGGCGGCGGUCACCGCGGGACGAUGAGGCGGGCAGAGAUCAAGCACGGAAAAUCGUCACAUACAAAGGAUUUACGUGGAGUAGAAGAUCACUGACUACUACAAUGGAAAAGUCACGGAUGCUUUGGACCUUUGUUGAAAGAUGGCUACUAGCUUUGGCUUCCUGGUCUUGGGGUCUCUGCCGUAUUUCUCUUUUACCUUUGAUAGUAACUUUCCACUUGUAUGGAGGCAUCAUACUACUCUUACUAAUAUUUGUGUCAAUAGCAGGUAUAUUAUAUAAAUUCCAGGAUAUGCUGCUUUACUUUCCUGAACAACCCUCUUCAUCACGCCUUUAUGUUCCUAUGCCUACUGGUAUACCACAUGAAAAUAUCUUCAUCAAAACCAAAGAUGGAGUUCUUCUCAAUCUUAUUCUGCUGAGAUACACGGGGGACAAUGCAGCAUAUUCUCCAACCAUCAUUUACUUUCAUGGGAAUGCAGGCAACAUUGGCCACAGGUUGCCAAAUGCUUUGUUAAUGCUAGUAAACCUGAAAGUAAACUUAAUCCUAGUUGAUUAUAGAGGGUAUGGAAAAAGUGAAGGAGAAGCAAGUGAAGAAGGCUUGUACAUAGAUUCUGAGGCUGUGUUAGACUAUGUAAUGACUCGGUCUGAUCUUGAUAAAACAAAAAUUUUUCUCUUUGGCCGUUCCUUAGGGGGAGCAGUAGCUAUUCAUUUAGCAUCUGAAAAUUCCCAUAGGAUUUCUGCCAUCAUGGUUGAGAACACCUUUCUUAGCAUCCCACAUAUGGCCAGCACUUUGUUUUCUUUCUUUCCAAUGAGAUACCUUCCUUUAUGGUGCUACAAAAAUAAGUUUCUGUCCUACAGAAAAAUCUCUCAGUGCAGAAUGCCUUCGCUCUUCAUCUCUGGGUUGUCUGACCAGUUAAUUCCACCAGUUAUGAUGAAGCAACUUUAUGAAUUAUCCCCAGCUCGGACUAAGAGAUUGGCAAUUUUUCCUGAUGGAACUCAUAAUGACACUUGGCAGUGCCAGGGAUAUUUCACUGCACUCGAACAGUUCAUCAAAGAAGUAAUAAAGAGUCAUUCCUCUGAAGAAAUGGCAAAAACAUCAUCUAAUGUAACAAUAAUAUAACUGAUAUUCUUCUUUGGUGUAGGGUAAACCUGCACUGUGUCUUGGUUUGUGAGAAGUGGUAAAAGAAAUGCCCAUUUUUAAAUGUAUGUCAUGUCUGUACUUGCCUGAAGAGUGAAAUUAAACUUUGAAAGGUCUGAUGCUUUAUUAAGAUGUUCCGGAUAACUUUUACAUUUGCAGCAUUGUAAAUGAACCAUUUUAUGUCUUUCUCAUACUUUUUUGAUAUCUCCAAAUAUUCCAUUUGUUUGAUAUGUACAACAGUUGCUAUUAAAAGGAAAAAAAAAAUAAUCGCUACAAGAAUAGUACAGAACACAUUAGUUUAGAACAAUGGGAGGCUUCACUGCUGUGUGUGUGAGCUUUAUGGACAGUCAUGGUUAGCUCAAUGAUUUGUUGUUUCUCCUAGAGUUUAUUUAAAUUGUGCCAUGCAUGAGAUAGUUUUAUUCCUUGAAAUUUUAUAUUAUGCAAGGUGGGAAGUCUUUUAAUGUUAAAUAAUGUACAAGAAUAUUAAUGAUACUGUAUACUUACAGGUAUACUAUCCUUCAUUAUUUUUUUUAAAACAGUUAUGCAUACGUGUAUAUAUAUAUACACGUAUAUAUAUAUAUGUGUGUGUAGUAUAUAUAUAUAUAUAUAUAUAUAUAUAUAUAUUUCAAACUACAAUUGAAGAGGAAAAGACAUUUUCCCUGUUUUCAAUUUACUGUUUGUAUUAUAGUAUGGCCCAUUUUUUAUUAUCAAGUUGUAAGCAGCUGAACAUGAUGGCUGAUGGAUUUUGCCCGGGCAAUUUCUUCGUAAAAGAUAAAGGUAACACUCAAAAAGAGAACAGCAUGAUUUGACUUUUAAAGGUCUUGUCCAGCUAAGUCUCUCAUCGCUAACUUACAGGCAAACUGUUGAUGUUGUCAGCCCAUAUACCUGAGGUAGGAUUUCCUAAGGCAGAGUGGUCACUAUGAUGGAAGGGAGCAUCACACAAGUUAUCUAUUUGUGUUUGGUUUUAAGUGUCCGUGCCCUUUGUUUCUUUUGGAGGUAUAAAUAAAUCUAAAUAAAUACCAAUGAUUACAGCUGGGGAGUAACACAGACUGACAUUACAGUAAGAGUAACAAAAAUGAGCACCACAUUAACAAGUAUAAGAUUAGUUGGAGAACAUUAAUACUCUCUUGCUUGUAAAACAAAUUUUUAUUUUUUUUUUACACUUCUGUCCCAUGGUGUGAAAGUAGCCUAUGCAUUGGCAGUAGAACUGAGUUUUCUUUAGUUAUACUGAAAUUUUUUAGGAUCGUAUCUCAUCAUAUCAGAGCCAGCAAUGCUCUGAAUGAGCCUGAUUCUGACUGGAUGUUGGGUUUUGGCUUUAUCCAAGUAAUCUUUCCAAAGUUGUAUGGUAUUACUUCAGUUUAAUGGGGUGUGUUGUGUAAAUUAUUCUACAGAUUGAUUUGCUUAUCUGCUGCAGCUAAGAGUUUGCCUCUUCAAGAAAUUUUUAUGGGAAGAGCUGUGGAAAAAUCUUCCACCAAACCUGUACAAUUUCCCUUCAGGUUGAAAUUUUUAAAUAAAUUAUUUUUUUCACUGUGAUGCUGUGAUUCAGAAAAGCAUCACAAUAUUUUAAGCUUGAGCAUAAGUUCUUUUGUUGAAUAAAACUGCUUUCCUGAACUAGUGCUUCAGUAGUUAUGCCUCCAAUUUUUUACAUGGAAUUGGUUAUUAUGUGGACAUGCAUGUUGUCAAGAUUAAAGAUAAUGAUACUUAUUUUAUUAUAAACAAUAUUAUCUUUUCUAAUUUUUUUUCUUUUUUAAACAAGCAUACAUACCAGAAAUUGCUUCUAACUCUGGUAAGUAUAUUUUGUCAUUCUAUUACUAAGAUCUGUUCAGAAAUGGUUGAAAAAGGUGUAGACACUUUUGAACCUGAAGAUUUAAAAUCAUUGUAGACAAAGUAUAGCUUAGAACUUGACAAACCAUCUCUUCAAAUGUGCAAUGGUCAUUUUUUUUUCAGAGAUUUUUAGAGAAAAGAUUUUGGUGCCAUUUGAUUUGGGAGGACUGAGGAGCAUUCUCUUUUUGUGAUGUUUUAAAAAACAGUGCUGGUUCUUCUGUCACCCAUGAUAUAUUGCUUCAGUUAUUUCUUUUGAAUACUUUUGAAUUAAGGUGGAAGGAUAAGGGAGAAAGAAAAAUAAGUGGAUGUGUACUACUUUUUCUGAAAAUAAGUGGGAAAGCCAAAAGAAAAAAAAAUUACUUGAAGACUAAAUGCAGAUAAAUAGUUGUUUCAAAAGCUGCCAUAGCUUGCCAUUAAACACUAUUGUAUUUUUCAUUAUAUGUGAAUUUUCUAAGUAAUGGAAGAUUCUACUCCACUUUGCACAGAUCAAAUAGGCAGGCAAAAACAUCAACCCAAAACACUUACAGUACCCUUCACGCCUUCUGGAUUACGUGGCAUUUCCAUGCAAACGAAGUAUUCUUGUUUGGGCCCACAGUUAAGUCAACGUCAAAUGUGUGGCCUUGGAUUAUGGUAAAGAGGAGUUGUUCAUAGUGCACUGUAUUUAAACCUUUCUUUUUAUUAUCAGGCCAUAUCUUUUCACCAUAGUGUCUGCAGGACAUAAAGAUACCUGGUUUUACAAAUACCGAGAAGAUGCAGUCAUCGUUUAUGCAUACUUAAUAUUAUUUUCUUCCACCUUCCAUAUAAGGAAGAAGCAAAAAUGGGCUUAAUACAUUGGACACAUCCACGUGUAGAUGAAUGCCUAUUAUCUUUCUGUUUUUCAUUGCAUUGGCUAUGAAAACCACUGAAAGAAGACAGGAAGAAAGUAGCUAUCAAAUAUUCAAAUGCUGUAAAUAUGAUCUGAGGGAAAAGAAAGAAGAAACUUGUAGCUUGACAAGACAGCACUUGCUUUGUUUUGUGGUCUGCAUGAUGGCAACUCAUGGUCGUCUGCUGUGGAAAGCCAUUUUCAGGCAGUACAUUGCAAGAAUCAUAGUAAUAAUUUCAAAUUGCCAAAAAUUCUUAAGAUACUAUUGCAUUAUUGCACUUAAUUCCAUUAUAUGUUUUCCCAUACCAGUUCUCCAUUUGUGUAUAGAUGUUUUCCAAGUGAUUGUUGUAUGUAUAUAUAUGUUUCAUUUGAGAAGAGGAAGUUGAUUUAUUUUCACAGAUUUGUAAGAAAGCCUUUCACACUGAAUAUGUUCAUUAAAGGAAUUGUCCCUUUUAUAAGAAGAACUUUGUUUAAAAAAAAAAAA